UUCUUGCCCUGCCAUUCGGACUAACCAGCUUGAUUUUAAACAAAAAGUCAAGGGCAUGUAAAUCGUUUACCUCGAAGCCCUGGGACCUCCCCUCAAGUGUUGGUUCUCUAGGAGGGUGGAGUCUCGCUAAGCUCUGGGAGUUAGGGGGACCAGCAGUCAGGGAGCCCGGAACAAAUCCUUCGCGGAACCAUUGAAGCGAGGCCUCCGGGAGCACUUUGGUAAACGGACCGUGGCGGGCUGGGCUAGACCGUCAGGGAUGGCGGCGGAGGCGGUGGAGGCGAGGCUGGGGACGGCGGUCCCGGUGGAGUUGCGGCGGGAGCGGAAUAUGGUGUGCGUGGAGUACCCGGGCGUGGUGCGUGACGUGACUAAGAUGGUGUCGACUCUGGGCGGCGAGGAAGGAGUCUCCCGUAUCUACGCAGACCCCUCUAAGAGGCUAGAGCUGUACUUCCGGCCCAAGGACCCUUAUUGCCACCCUGUGUGUGCCAACCGCUUCAGCACCAGCAGCUUGCUACUCCGGAUCAAGAAGAAGACAAGGCAGCGGAAGGGGGUGCUGGGCACCGAGGCCCACCCCGAGGUCACAUUUGGCAUGGAGAUCCUGGGCAUUAUCUCCACUGUUUACAAGUUUCAGGGGAUGUCUGAUUUCCAGUACUUGGCCAUGCACACAGAAGCCAGUGGCAAGCACACAUCGAUGUAUGACAAGGUGCUUAUGCUACGGCCUGAGAAGCAGGGCUUCUUCCACCAGGAGCUGCCACUCUACAUCCCCCCGCCCAUCUUCUCCCGGCUAGACACCCCAGUGGACUACUUCUACCGCCCAGAGACACAGCAUCGGGAAGGCUACAACAACCCCCCCAUCUCAGGAGAGAAUCUGAUUGGCUUGAGCAGGGCCCGGCGCCCCCACAAUGCCAUCUUUGUCAACUUUGAGGACGAGGUGCCCUCGAAACCCCUGGAAGCUGCAGUGCACACAUGGAAGAGAGUCUGCACCAACCCCAUGGAUCGGAAGGUGGAGGAGGAGCUGAGGAAGCUGUUUGAAAUCCGUCCUGUCUGGUCCCGGAAUGCCGUCAAGGCCAACAUCAGCGUCCACCCUGACAAGCUCAAGGUCUUGCUUCCCUACUUGGCCUAUUACAUGAUCACAGGGCCCUGGCGAAGCCUAUGGAUCCGAUUUGGGUAUGACCCCCGAAAAAACCCAGAGGCCAAGAUUUAUCAAGUCCUUGAUUUCCGAAUCCGUUGUGGAUUGAAAUACGGUUAUGCCCCCAAUGAGUUGCCUGUCAAAGCAAAGCGCAGCACCUACAACUACAGCCUCCCCAUCACCAUCAAAAAGACUACCAGCCAGCUCGUCACCAUGCAUGACCUGAAACAGGGUCUGGGCCCAUCGGGGACACCUGGAGUUCGGAAAUUGGCCCCCAGCAAGUACAAGCUCAAGGACACCGUCUACAUCUUCCGGGAGGGGGGCCUGCCACCCUAUCGACAGAUGUUCUACCAGCUGUGUGAUUUGAACGUGGAAGAGUUGCAGAAGAUCAUUCACCGCAAUGAUGGGGCAGAGACUUUGUGCACAGAACGGGAUGGAUGGUGCCUCCCCAAGACCAGUGAUGACCUGAGGGAUGCCAUGUCUCUCAUGACCCUGCAGACCAUUCGCUCCAACAGACCUGCUCUUUUCUCUAGCCCAACCAAGGCUGAUGGUGGGAAAGAGCCGCUGACGUACGAGUCUGGGGAAGACGAGGAAGACGAAGAAGAGGAGGAGGAAGAGGACUUCAAGCCAUCGGACGGCAGUGAGAAUGAGAUGGAGACGGAGAUUUUGGACUAUGUGUGACAGGGCCUUGGGCCUGAGGCCAGGUCUCCCUGACCAGGCCAGACUGGUGACCAGCCUAAUGAGGAAGCCUUGGGAACAUCCCUGAAGUUGUGCCCUGGCUCCAUGCACAGGUGAACCAGCCCAGCAUCUGGUGGCUGAGUCAGCACCUGCUGUCUCUCUGAGCCAGAGACCAGCUUGUGUGGGGGCUGCAUUUGGGGCAGGGCCGGUCUCAGGUUGGGUCUUCUGACUCUGGUGGCAGAGAUGGUUUGAGGAACCUGAUCUGUGGUCACGUGGCCAAAGACCAUCUUGUCUUCAGAUCCCAUCCGUUUGGGGUCUCUUUGGCAAAGGUCAUGCCCCACUGGAACCAUCCUUAUUAAAUCAGUGUUCCUGAGGCCUCCUGGUUUCUCAAUGGGAGCGUUCAAGCCAUAGGGAGUGUCCUCCAGCCUAGGGGUUGGGCUCCCUUAGUGCCUUCAUUUGCUCCUUCCUGCAAACAGUGGUCUCUUGCUGGCCUACGCCCCCCACCUCCAGUAGGGCAGGGUGAGGGCGGUCCAAAGUACCUCAGGCCUGGACUCAGUUUUUCUUUAAAUGGAUACAUUCUCUGCAGGUUCUUGGGAAGCCCUGCUGUCUCACAGCCUUGGGUUUCACACCCACAGAGGCUACUGGGCCCAGCCUGCCUCCUUCCACACCCUCGGAGCAGUACUGCUUCCUGGGGGUCACCCCAUCACUCAGUGUGACCCCGGGUCCUUUCAGCAGCUCGGCAGACAUCAAUCCUCAAACCAACUGCCUCAGGCAAGCCCUGUCUUGCGGACUGGCUCCUGGGCAGUCCCCUCCCCCAACAAGAUUGGGAAACCAGUGGCCCAGUCAGCCUGAAGUGGCUAGUCCUGGGAACCUGCCUGGGGGGCAGGCCAGGCUGACCUAAAGACUAGUCAAGUGCAGUA